CCCAGCCCCUGGCUCGCUCUGGUGCCAUGUUGACUUUCCAGGCGCCAGUUCGUGCGACUCCAAUCCUGAGGCCUCCCAGACCUCUCCGGGUGCAGCCGUUGAAACCACCGCGUCUGGCCCCAGCAUCUACGGUCAUUGCUGCCUGUUGGGUGGCGGCGCGCAGGCCGUUGAAGGGCUGCCAGGGCUCGUCCUCGUCGCCAAGGCUCACAGAGGCUGACCGUCAGGCAUCGGCUAUGGAGAGCCCAGGGGAUGCAGCACAGCGAAGCGAAGAGAAGGAAAGGUUGCAGGGCAUUUUGGACGAGAUGCAAGAGUUGUUGACAGAGAUGUGCGACUACACCUCGGAGGAAGUGAAGGAGGAUUCUGAUGUCAAACUCAUUGAAGAAGCCAGGCGAAGAAUCUGCGCAGAAAGUCUUCCAAGUUACAAAGCUUGGGCCAAGGAGAAUAACAUUUUAAUGCCAAAGACCCGGAAAGAGAGCUUUACAAUGUUCAAACGAAAGAAGACUGCACGGCGACAUGGUUUGAUGCAGAAGGAACACUAUUCCAACACCAACCGUGGCAAGGAGCGGAAAUCGCACCUCGCUGAGCAGAAAGCGUUUCAAAAGGCCAAGCGGAAGGAAAUCGCCCAGAAGCGCCGCCAACAGCGCGAGCGCGAUGAACGUGGUUUUUAUGACGUCCUUUCGCACGAUGAACCUGCGGAGGUUCAGUCCUUUAACAGAACCGAAACGGACAAUGCUGUGGAUGUGUAGUGUUGGUGAAUGGCUCUAUUAUCC